AUACCGGAACAACGUCUACAAAGCGUAAUACAUUUUAUUCGCAAAAGGGAAGUUACAAAUAUAUUUCUUUAUUACGAUCGACCGUUUCUUCAUAUAAGCUUAAUAUUAAUUAAGCUUUUAAUUUUUGACUUUACUAAAUGGCUAUCUAUCCACUGUUUUAGGUACAGCGCAAGAAAAGGCCUCAAACAGACCAAAAAGUGUUAUUAAUAGUCAUACACAGAGAAGAAACAAAGCCACAUACAUGACUACUGAAAUGGAGAAAUAUUAAAGUCAAAACAUCCAAAAAGCAUGUCAGCAGAGCAGCACGAAUGCUCAUCUCUUUGCCUUUCCACCUGUCCAGAUGACCUUGAUUUGUUCUGCACAAUGUAUUUCACAAUGGAUGUCUACAACAAGUGUCAUCUGAUAGCCCCUCCCCCAUCUGAUUCUGUGUGGUGCUGAUGCUGAACUGCCCAUCACUGAAGGACAGAGGAAGAUUUUCUCCUCUCUCUCAUAAGGUCCAGUCUCCCCGUCCGUCUUGUCAUUAAGUGCAGGAUGGCGAUGAUCUGGAUGCAGACAGAGAAGGUGGUUGUGCAUGAGCUACAACGCCGACUGAGCAAUGUCGCUCACAGCAUUGAUGAGAUCAUGCAGAAGGAGUCCAGUCCCCUCUUCGCUGCUGACAUCAUCACUGAGCUCAAAAAACAGUUCGCUUUCUUAUCAGGGGGAAGAGGACAGGAUGGUAGCCCUAUUAUUAUUUUCCCAGAAUUCCCUUCAUUUUGUGAAAUUGAAGAUCAGGACUUUCGUAACGUUCUCACCUACCUGACAAGUGUUCCAAGUCUAAGUGCAGCGGGUGUGGGCUUUAUUGUAGUGAUUGACAGACGUCGGGACCGAUGGACUUGUUUAAAGGGGACGCUAUUGCGUAUCUCAGGAUGGUUUCCUGCUAAUCUUCGGCUUGUCCUGGUGUUAAGACCCAGUGCCAUACUGCAGCGGACGCUGUCUGAUGUUAUCUUUAAAUUCCACAGAGAUGACUUUAAGGUGCCGGUCAUCAUGCUGAACUCAGUGGAUGAUCUUCAGUCUUAUAUUGAGCGGAGUCAGCUGACACAAGAACUUGGUGGCUCUCAAUACUACUGUCACAAGACCUGGAUCUCACAUCGCACCGAUCUUGAAAGCUUCGCUGCAUUUGUGAAGAGGAUGGCUCACAGAUUGCAAACGUUCGGCCGGGAACUUACAGAAACAGAACAUCCAAACAAUCUCCUAACAGCCAGCAAUCUGCUGAAUACACACACCAGCAAGAAAGAGAGUUUGAAAGAAGAGAUGGCAGGAGCUCUUAACCUCGGACGUAAACUUUUGGAGAACAUUAGGGAACCUGUGCGUAGAGAUCCAGAUAGUAGUCUGAACCCUGAUCAGCUGGAAAACCUUGCUACAGUGCACAGGCUGUUGUCUCAGUUAAAUGAGAGCUCUACAGCAUUUGAUGACUUCUGGUUACAGCAUCAAAAUAAGUUAGAGUUUUAUUUGAAACUCUGCCAGUUUGAGCACAACUUUCAGCAGGUGCGGACAGAGCUGGAGCAAGCUAUAGAUACGCUAAAUGCUUUCUCAGAUGUUGGGAUAAACCACGCCCAAACAGAACACCUCCUCGAAGAGCUGACCAAUCAUGAAGAAAAGACCUGUGAAGUGCUGGACAGAGUUAGAUCCCUGGUUGCUGAGGGCAAAGGCUUGAUUGACAGCCGUCAGAAUGUUGAUGACAGCGUUGCAGUCAAAUGCAGUGAGCUUCAGACAGUCGGAGAUAAACUCACAGAAAAGUUGAAAGACAAGAGGACCAUGCUGACACGGGCUAUGGAGCUACAUGAGAGACUAGACAUGGUGUGUAAAUGGUGCGAUGACGGGAUUUACAUGCUAGCCUCACAGCCACUUGACAAGUGCCAAUCACAGGAAGGGGCGGAGUCAGCACUGUCAGAACUAGAGUGUUACCUGGAGACAGCCAAUGAGAAACAGCAAUGGGACAUCAACACAGUUUGGCUUGAAUAUGAGAGCAUUCUGAACAUUGAACUCGAGGAGCAGGUUAAUCGUACAUUUGAGAAGAAAGCCUCACUACAGGAGAUGUUUGAGAGGAGGAGGGUUAGUCUUAAGAAACUAGCAGCCAAGCAAACGCGUCCAGUACAGCCCGUCGCCCCACGACCGGAGUCACUCUCAUCUCCAGCUCACAGGGAUCAUGAAAACAUCUGUACCAGUGAUGACUCAGACAGAGUCUCUUGUAAACAAGUAAACUGUGAUCAGGUUGACAGGAGCAGUCGCAAUGCCUCUGUAUCUGAAGAGGAGGAAACUUUGGCUGUGCUCCGCAGGCACGUAAUGAAUGAGCUAUUGGAAACAGAGCGGGCAUAUGUGGAAGAGCUUUUGUGUGUUUUGCAGGGCUACUCUGCUGAAAUGGACAACCCUUCAAUGGCUCCCCUCAUUCCUGCAGCCCUGCAGAAUAAAAAAGAUGUGUUAUUUGGUAACAUGCAGGAAAUUUAUAAUUUUCACAAAAGAAUAUUCCUAAUUGAACUUGAGACGUAUACUGACUGCCCUGAGCUGGUUGGACGCUGCUUUCUGGAUUGGAUGGGUGAGCUGCAGAUAUAUGAGAAAUACUGUCAUAAUAAACCUCGCUCUGAAAGCCUCUGGAGGCAGUGCUCAGACUGCGCUUUCUUCCAGGAGUGUCAGAGGAAACUUGAGCACAAAUUGGGGCUGGACUCCUACUUACUGAAACCUGUGCAGAGGAUCACUAAAUACCAGCUACUGCUGAAGGAAAUGAUUAAAUACAGUAAAGGCUGUGAGGGGUCAGCGGAGCUGCAGGCAGCUCUUUCGUCCAUACUGGGCAUCCUGAAGGCUGUAAAUGACUCAAUGCACCUCAUCGCCAUCACUGGAUACGAGGGUAACCUUGCAGACCUGGGUCGACUACUGAUGCAGGGGUCAUUCAGUGUAUGGGCAGAGCAUAAGAGAGGUCACGUGAAAGUGAUGGAGCUUGCGAGGUUCAAGCCCAUGCAAAGACACCUGUUCCUGCACGAGAAAGCUCUGCUCUUCUGCAAAAGACGAGAGGAGAGUGGGGAGGGAUAUGAGAAAGCCCCCUCAUACAGCUUCAAACAAGAGCUCAGUAUGCGUGCUAUUGGAAUAACUGAGCAUGCUAAAGGGGACAGUAAGAAGUUUGAGAUCUGGUCCAGUUCAAGGGAUGAGGUGUACACAGUACAGGCUGCGUCUGAGGAGAUUAAGACCAUCUGGGUGACAGAAAUACGAAAACUUUUAACAGGUCAACUGGAGGCCUGCAAAGAAGCAAGUCAGCAAAAAGUUCCUGAUCAGGUCACCCACGAUACCAGCUCAACCAACAGGAGUGGAGGAGUGGAGAAACAAAACACAGAAGAGGAAAAAGGCACAGAACCUGAAAACACUCUAGAACCUCGAAUGACAUGGAGAACAAAGGGGUCUUGCAGGUCUGAGACAAAACCAAAACGACAGGAUAUCCGGAGUGACCCUACACCACUAGAAACAGGGUCACACCCUAACUUGGGCGGAGUCAGGUGGUUCAGUACAUCAACCCUGUUUCAGAACCGUAGAAGAAGUACACAUUCUGAGUACACACGUUGGACUAAAGGAUCUCUCUCGCUGGAUGCCUCUAUGGAGCAUGUUGGAUACUUUAGUGCUGAGGAGCAGGUGACCUCUGACCCCGAGGAGGAGAAGCAAGAGAAAAAGUGUGAAAAUACACCACUGCCUGUGAGGACAGAGGAAGAAAUCCAAUGUUUUGAGGACACAGAGGAUCUUGAGAAAUGAGAGAUGUGUGUUUAUAUGUACACAUGCCAUCAAUGUAUAGCAUAAACUGUACACUGUUUCAUGCAUAUCUCUUAGAUAUGUUGGAAAUUAGUGAUAUAAACCAACCAUCAUGUCAAGCAACAAGGUUUUAAGCUCACAAAAAAUCUCACAGAGCUUUUAUUUUAAGAGUGUAGUGCCUCGUUCAGACCCCCAGUGAUUUUCUCGCUUUGUGUCACCCUUCUUUGUUAAUAAGGCGUUUCUUAAUCUGGUUGUCAUAAACAAAUGAGUACCAAUCACUCAAGUACCUGACGAGAGAAGGAUGACGUGAACUCCACUGCUUUGCUCACAUUGGUAGUCGCUCCCGAUAAUAGCUAAUCAUUUGCAUAAAGUUAAACUUUUUUUUACUUUUUUGUGUCACUGAACCAGUGUUGGGUAAGUUACUCAAAAAAUUUAAUUAAUUACUAGCUCUGCUGUCGCUAGUCGCUGAUGGUCUAAAUGGGGCGUAACAGUCAAUGAAAUUCAUACAUGAACCUGAGCCAACACUAUCUCAUAUAAACUGUGAUACAUGAUUCAUAUCCCUUAAAAGUAAUAGAGUUGUGAGAGUAAUAUGUGUCACAGUGAUUGUGUCCAUACUGGGAUAUGGCAUGUCUAUAGUCCUGUGAACUCCUAUGUAAAUGCAUGUAACAUUCAGUGUGUUAAAUGCAGGAAGAUAGGACCUAAAUGUAAAAAAGCAUAUCAUAUAUGCAUAUGUAGUUUAUGUGACUGUGAUCACCCUGUGCCAUUUGUAUGUAAAAUGUCUUUAAUAUUAAAAGUUGUUUUAUAUACACAUAAA